GACGGCACAGUUUGCAACUGCUACUCCUAAGUUUAAUGGUGACUAUCACAAUGCUAUGAACAAUGUGCAGCCGACUUCCUUCAAUUCUUAUGGACCUUCAUCCAAUCACCCCACUAGAUCUGGCAGCUCAAAUUGGCAAUUUAAUGGUCCAGUGAACCGUGGAAACAGGGGUGGUCGUGGUCGAGGUGGUCGACGAAAUUCAGUCAACAGGUACAAUAAUCGUAAUAACUUUGCCUGUCAAUUGUGUAAUGGUUUUGGCCAUUUUGCUAGGAAUUGCCCAGAUCUCCGGAAUCAUGCACAUGUGGCAAAUUUUGCAUCCACAUCUCGCAAGGCAAGAAAUGAAUGGUGGAUCGAUUCUGGUGCAUCCGAUCAUGUUACCCCAGACUUGUCUAACCUUGCAUUACAUUCGGAAUAUGGUGGACCAGAUGAACUGCUUAUUGGGGAUGGAUCAGGUUUGACUAUCUCACAUGAUCGCAUCACGGGAGUGACGCUUCUUCGAGGGCACAAUCAUCAUGGCGUGUACCGCCUACCCGCCCAAGGUCCACCUAAGACGGGUCCAAUGGCAAUGGUUGGAGAAAGAGCAUCUAUUAUGGAUUGGCAUGCAAGAUUGGGUCAUCCUUCGUCUAAAACUCUCAAUAAAAUUUUUCACCAUGUUAAAUUACCUAUUUUAGAUCGAUCUCGAUUUUCUUUAUGAUUCCAAGUUCUACUAGCUUAUGUUCACCUUUUGAAAAAUUAUUUCACAUUAAACCCAAUUACCUCAAACUUCGUGUUUUUGGGUGCUCAUGUUAUCCAUGGUUGCGCCCAUACAACUCUCAUAAAUUACAACCAAGGUCUCGUCUUUUACUCCAGACAUGUUGUCUUUGAUGAGCAUGAUUUUUUCUACCAAAAAUCCAACAACUUAGUCGCAGGUGGUGGCAUUCAAUCAUCUGCUAGCCCAUCCGAAUUAGCUACUGUUUCUCCACUGGACAUUGCUAGCCCUCAAGCGUGCUCUCAUGGUGUGGCCCAUCCACAUGAUCCUCAGGUAAACUCUCCCACUAAUCAUCUCUCUUCCUUCUUACCUCCUAUGGUCCAAUGUCCCCCAAAUCCUCCAUCUCCAUCUCAUACCCGUGAGUCCUCCUACCCAGCCACAGUCAAGGACCCAAGCCACAUAUCUUUGAAUCCUUCAACCCCAGCCCAUCCCACCUCCAACGAACCACACCUAGAACAUCUAUCCCCCACUCAUGGCUCUCCUCAGGCCCAUUUGCCCUUACUUCCCUCAUCCCCGAUCCACCAAGUUUCCUCCAGUCCCUCUGCUACCUCUUCCAGUUCCACUUCUUCACCUACAGUGUCUGCUCCUCACCCCACCGGACCUACACGAACUCACAAUAUGACCACCCGUUCUCAAAAUAAUAUCUUUAAACCUCGCACUCUCUUCCUUGCCACAAAGCACCCUCUCGACAGUUCGAUUGAACCCACUUGUGUAAGUCAAGCCUUGAAAAAUCCUCAAUGGCGUCAGGCCAUGUCUGAUGAGUUUAAUGCUUUGGUUAGACAAGGUACUUGGGAACUUGUUCCUCGCACUGAUGUUCAACAUGUCAUUGGCUGUAAGUGGGUGUUCCGUGUCAAACGGAAUAAGGAAGGUGGUAUUGACCGAUACAAAGCACGUCUUGUGGCUAAAGGAUUUCACCAACGACCUGGGUCCGAUUACUUUAAUACCUUUAGCCCGGUGAUCAAACCUACAACAAUUCGUACAGUGCUUUCGUUGGCUGUGAAUAAACACUGGCCUAUUCGCCAAUUGGAUGCUCUUUCUCGAACACAUCAAGCUCUGCACCGCCUAGCUCUCCCUGCACCAGGAGCUGCACCAUUUCCUUCUCUUCGAUAAGGGCUCCAAGCCAACAUUAAUAGUCACCCCUUUCUUUCCUAAUGCUGUCAUGACAUCCUUACUGACGAUAUGACGGGUUUCUUCUGUAAGUGCACAACAAAGUACAAGUACAUCA